GAGAGAGAGAGAGAGAGAGAGAGAGAGAGAGAGAGAAGGGGAAAGCUGAAGCUCAAGCGAAAGAAGGUUUAGCCAGAAGCGAGUUAAGAAAAUGGCGACCAUGCAGGACGACCGCUUCCCCUCGUAGAUGCUGCAAACGCGUUGAAAUUAUUUUUUAAAGCCUUGCAGCCCGGCUUUCCUUUUCCACUCGGUUGCACUUUAUACUUCAAUGAGAGAUUUGGAAUCGAAAGCUGUUGCCACCAAAGAAGCUGAAACAUCGAAACAGGGACCUUACCCAUAGAGGGAAGAACAGUGGAUGGAAGAGAGAGAGAGACGGAGAUUGUGACGAGGACGGAGGAUAAGAAGAUACACGACUGGUCAAAAGGCAUGGCUCCCAUUCGGGACUCCGUCAGCCACUCCCCUAAUCAAACAGGUCUGGAGCAUCCUGGCUUGGACUCGCAGUAUGAGACUUCCCCCUGGUCCUCUGGCUCUCCCUGCAGCAGUGACGGCAACAGCAACUGGAGCAAAGUCCUAGUGGACGGAAGCGCCGACAAACCCAACAACCCGUCUUCAACCAACUCUUCCGUUUGGCCUCCCUCCUCCUCUUCGUUCUCUUGCUCUUCCUCGUCUUCCUCUUCUGGUUGCGGGUCAGGAUCAGACCCCGAGUUGGCAUCAGAAUGCAUGGACGCAGACUCUAGCUCCUCGGUCGGCUCAGAGAAAAACCUCGCCGCUGUGACGACAGUUAUGAUGAUGUCAGCAAAUGCUUCUUCCUCUGUGUCUUCUACGGCUUCCUCUCCCUCUUCUGUAGUGACUUCUGCCAUGAUGGUCGGCGUUUCAGUAAAUGGAGACAGCAACGGGAACAGUCGUCAGGUAAUCGGUGGAGGGAUCGGAACCAUCAGCGGUGCAAAUAACGGAAAUAACAUCACCGGGUCCUCCCACUAUGUGGCUGGAUCCAGCAGUAUUGGCAGCAAUAACCACAACAACAAGCCCGUCAAUAAUGGUGGUGUAUGGGGCAGCAACAUGAUCACCACAGGCGGAAGCACCCCCUGCAUCAAUGGAGGGUUAAAUCCAAACACUUUAAACCCAAAUGCCAACCACGGUGCCUGGCCGCAGAAUCCAAGCCCAGUGUCCCAGGGCCAACGGCCUCCACAGGCUCAGGGGAUGAGUUCCAAACUUGGUCUAGCUCCCCAGCAGAGCCCCGUACUGGGCUGGGGAGGCAAGGCAGCUCCAAACAGCAGCAGUAUGAUGGAAGAUGCUGAGGUGAAUAAUGGUACAGCAAGCAGCAAGGUGUUAGGAAGCAGCAACAGUGGAAAUGGUGGCCUACAGCCUACCAACCUUAACACUGAAUCCAAUGGACCAAAUAACACUAUUAUGAUGAAUACUACUACGACUACUACUACUAACGCCACAAUGACCUCUAGUCCACCAAACUCUACCGCCUCGCCCCAGCUCAGCGGGGACUGCUCCUGGAGCUCUGUUGGAGGAGGGAAUGGGGUUCCGCUGGCCAAUGGAAACUCCUCAUCAGCCCCCCAGCACCCUCAAGGAGAACCGGGCGGUCCUGGGGCCUUCGGUACACCUUGGGGUGCAACUACCUACCCUGGAGACAAGGGCACCCCAAAUGCAGACACUGUGAACCCCCCAAACCCUGCCAUAAUGCAGACCGGGAACCCCCAAAUAUCCUCUACUGCUGCUUACAAGAGUAAUAAUAACCACAAUAGCAUGCUGGCCCCACGCUGGGACCAGGGGCCCGCCAGUAAUCCAAACCAGCCUCAGAGCAACUUGUCCUGGGGUAUCGGCUCGAAUCAAAUCCCAGGUUCUGCAGGCCAAACACCAGGAAAUGGCAACCAAACUACAAUGGGCCCUUCAGCAGGGGUACCUCGCCCUUGGGGGAGCAGCGCAUCGUCCUCUUCCUCUUCAUCAUCGUCCUCUUCUGCAUCUAACAACAAGACGUCAAAUGGAGAAUGGGGAUCAGUACCUCCUGGUAACAACCAUCCAGAUCCUGGAAGUCAUAAAGGAAGCUCUGCCAACAAUGGCUGGAAGAGCUUGGAGGAUGACGCCAUGGGCAUGGGAGGAGGUGGUGGAGGAGGUGGAGGAGGUGGAAGCCAUGCCCUGGGGAGUGUCACUGGAGGCUGGGGUCGCACUGGAGGAAGUGAGGGAAGCGCAGAGAGCUCCGGAGGCCGAUCCAGCUCGGACAGAGACAGCAGCCAGCCAAAAGGAGGAAAUCGCAGGAAAGUUAGCGAUCCUCCAACAGCAGUACCAGCUGUCCCCCAGACCGACGUGGACCCGAGGGUUCUGUCCAACACUGGAUGGGGACAGACGCCCAUACGGCAGAACACCUCCUGGGAUGUCAAUUCUUCUGCUAACCAUAGAGUCCAAGGACCCAAAGGAGACGAAAGAAAGCAUAGCGGCGGAGGCUCCGGAUGGGGCACAGCGACACCGGCAGCUCCCUCCCAAACCUCUGGAGGUUGGGGUGGUGGGCCGGGAAACUCGGGCCCAGGAGGUUCUGGCUGGGGAGAGCGGCCAACAUCUGGGCCAGCGAGUGGAGGUGGACAGAGUAGCUGGAACGAUGGCUCCAGCUAUAGGGGGAGCAGCAACAACAACAACAACAGUAACACCUGGAGCAAUAACGCAAACAAAGAUGACCGGUCCAAUACGUGGACUAAUGCCCCCAAACCGCAGCAGGGCUGGGGAUCCAACAGUGGAAAUGGCAGUGAACGCUGGGGUAAUGGUGGAGAUGGCGCCCGAGCAGGGGGCAAAAACCACUGGGGGGAGCCUCAAAAAGGUGCGAGCUGCGACAGCAACCGGUCAGGCUCUGGAUGUUGGAACGAGUCAAGCCGAACCAACAACACCAGCAGCAGCAGCAACACCUGGGUGGGGAGCGGAGGAUCAAAUCCUCCAGACCAGAGCACGCCGAACCCGGGCUCCAACUGGGGCGACUCAGUCCACAAACCCAAUCCUCAGAGUAACAACCAGAGCUGGGGAGAGCCAAUGAAGAACAACCACGGAGCCCAGAACUGGGGUGAACCGAAUCCUAAGCCUUCUAACGAGUGGGGGAAAGGUCCUGAAUCCAACAUGUCUCGAGGCAAUCAAGCCCCCAACAAGCCCACAGGCUGGCAAGGAGGCCCCAUACCGGCAGGAGGCACGAAGGAGGAAGUGACAACUGGGUGGGAGGAGCCUUCUCCAGAGUCCGUUCGUCGACGGACGGAGAUCGACGAUGGGACCGCAGCUUGGGGAGAACCCGUCAAACGUAGCGGUGGAGCCGUCAACAUGAGGAACCGGUCUGGCCAAUCGGACCAGGAGUCUGUGGGCCCGUCUACUCAGCACCAGUCCCACCCAGCACGCAACUCGAUGCCGCCUCCUCCUCACCCUCAUCCUCAUCCUGCUCCUCCUCCUCAACCCAUGCAGCCUCACGCCCAAGACAAAAGCUGCAGUUCUACUUGGGGCGAGCCUUUCCCCCAGAAGGAGUCCUCAACGUGGGAACCUGCUCCUGCUCCACCUGUUAAAGUGGACAAUGGGACGUCUGCCUGGGGGAAGCCCAUGGACACCAGCUCCACCUGGGAAGAUCCCAACAGGGAUAACCGAGAGCCUGGGCCUGGAUGGAACGGCCAGCAUAAGUCUGUAGCUCCAGGUCCCAAGCCCAUGGAGACAUGGGGUGGAGAGGAGGCGUCCAUGGGCAAUAGCUGGGACCAGGAAGAGGAGGUGGAGAUUGGCAUGUGGAGCAACAGCCAGCAAGACAACCGGUCACAUGACCAAAACACCUGGAGCUACAAGCAUAAAUGCUCAAACAAGAUGAACAAACCAGUCAACAAACAGGAUGAACCCUGGAUGAAACCCUUCAUCAACCAGUUCAACAGCAUGAACUUCUCUAGAGACUCUCCUGACGACUCCAUGAAGACCGGAGCAGGGAUGGUGCAGGACAAGCGUAUGGACAUGGGCGGUAUGGGCGACUAUAAUGGAGUAAUGGGGAAGAACCCCGGGUCUCGACACCAGCUCCACAAGGAUUUUGCCAUGGAUCGCAGCCCUUACUAUGAAAAGAAUGUAAACCCUAUGAUUGGUGGCAGCAGCGUAGCACAGGGCCGAGGCGGCCCCCAGUCCCAGGUCCCCCCCCAACCCAACCUCCGUAACCAAGUGCCUCCACCCAUCCUGCCCUCUCAGGUGCCUCCAUCCCUGUUGAAGUAUUCAGGAGGUAACGGAGGUCUGAACCCUCUGUUUGGCCCUCAGCAGGUGGCUGUGCUCAAUCAACUCUCCCAGCUCAACCAGUUCAGCCAGCUGUCACAGCUCAACCAGAUCAGCCAGUUACAGCGUCUUCUCUUCCAGCAGCAGCAGCAGCAGCAGCAACAGCAAAAAGCUCAGAGCCAGAGAGCCAUGCCUGUGGGACGACCGACUGAACAGACGCGUCCUAUUGGUUCGUCUCCAUCGAUGAUGCAGCCGCCACGGCACCUGGACCCCUCCCUGCUGAAACAGGCCCCGCCACACAAACCCUACCUGGAUAACUACAUGUCCCACAACACCCCUGAGAUGCAGAAGGAAGCUGCUGCUCUCGGACCCUUCAGCAAUUUCCCUUUAAGCUUGAACUCUAACCUGAAUGUACCCCUGGACAUGGGUGGUGGCGGAGCUGUGGGCUACAAAGAGCCCCAGUCCAGACUGAAGAAACUUUGGGCUACUGACCCUCUGGAGCAGAACAGCAAACCUGGUGCUAUGUCGUCUGGGCUGCGUCUGGAGGACUCUCCCUUCUAUGACUUCCUGUCUCCCGGCCCAUCUCCCCUGAGUCCUCCCGGCCAAUCAAUGGGCUCGGUGGGCGAUGGCUGGCCACCCCGUGCCAACUCCCCCCCGCCCCAUGGAAACACUGUCACCUGGCCCCCAGAGUUCCGGCCCGGGGAGCCGUGGAAAGGAUACCCCAACAUUGACCCUGAGACCGACCCUUACAUGACCCCCGGCAGUGUCAUCAACUCCCUCUCCAUCAACACCGUCCGUGACACAGACCACCUCAGGGACAGGAACAACGGGCCAUCCUCAUCACUGAACACCACGAUGCCUUCUAACAGUGCCUGGUCAUCCAUUCGUGCCUCCAGCCACAGCGGUUCCCUCACCAGUACAGCACAAAGCACUUCAGCCAGACCCAGUGAGUCAAAGUGGUCUCCCGGCGGCGGUUCUGUGUCCAACUCCUCCCUGGCCCAUGAGCUGUGGAAGGUCCCCCUGCCUCCCAAGGCGCUCUCCGUGGCGGCCCCCUCCAGACCACCACCCGGCCUCACCAGCCAGAAGCCCAGCUCUGCCUCCUCCGGCUGGGAUGGCUCUGCCCUGAGGCUGGGAGGGUGGGGCUCCUCUGAGUCCAGAUACACACCUGGUUCCAGUUGGGGCGACAGCAGCAGCAGCUCAGGGAGAAGCCAAUGGCUGGUUCUGAGAAAUCUCACACCUCAGAUUGACGGCUCCACCCUGAGGACCUUGUGCAUGCAGCACGGCCCUCUGAUCACAUUCCACCUCAACCUGCCGCACGGUAACGCCGUGGUAUGCUACAGCUCCAAGGACGAGGCCGCAAAGGCCCAGAAGAGCCUGCACAUGUGUGUUUUGGGGAACACUACGAUUCUGGCCGAGUUUGCCAGCGAGGAGGAAAUCAACCGAUUCUUUGCACAAGGGCAGUCAUUGGCCACUCCCUCCUCCGGCUGGCAGGCCAUUGGCUCCUCUCAGAGUAGAAUGGAUCAGUCUCACACCUUUCCCAGCCGCGCUCCUGAACCCAACCAGUGGAACAGCAGCGAUCUCCACAGCUCCUCCCUCUGGGGUGGGCCCAACUAUUCCAGUAGCCUGUGGGGGAACCCCAGUGGCACCGAGGCAGGGAGGCUUAGCAGCCCUUCUCCAAUCAGCUCCUUCCUCCCGGUGGAUCACCUGACAGGCGGUGGGGACUCCAUGUGAACCGCCUGCCAAUCAAACAGGCUUGGGGAAGGGUCAGUAGAGAAUUAUCAAUAAUCAGCAGAAAGAAAAUGGGGGGGAAAAAAGUAGUAAAAAAAACGCAAUGGCACUAGUCGGACUCUUUCUCACUUACAAGAUGUACAACAAAAGGGGUCACCCCUGUGGAAAACAAGUUACGUUUCUCUCUCUGCACAUAUGUCCACUUUGUUUUAGCCCAAAAACAUAUCAGUCGGAAUACUUGAAUCAUGCAGGCCAAUUCUAUAAUGUGAACGGAUGAAUAUUUGCUUCCAGGUAGUGCUCUUUCAGACCGAAAAAAGCUUCAAUCGAGCUCAUUAUUAUUAUAUAUAUAUUUUUUGUUUCAUUCGUCAUGUUUAUUUGAAUUCCAAUUCUUUUCAUUUUUAACGUUUUCUUUGUUGUUUUUUUGCAUUUGUUUGCUGACAAUGUUGGAGUAUGAGCUUUUUUAACUUUGCACUGAAUGUGGUUUUUUCUCAGUAUAUAUAAUCUGCAAUAUAGAGGGAGCAGCCAGUUUUUCCAGUGUAGCUGUUUACUCAUUGAGGUCCUUACCGUAUGUAUGUGUGUAUGCGCGUGCACGCGCACGUAUGUGCGUGGAAGUACUUUGUGUGUGCGACUGCGUGCGUGAAAGAGUAUGUGUGCGCUCCUCUCUGCCUUGGCACGCCUACCUUACUGCGUUGUCGUGGAGUUCAAGAUCAACAGAUAGUUAAAGAAGAAUAAAAGCUGACUUAGGAGGAUAUCUGGUGAUAGAAAAAAGUGACAUUAAAAAGUAUUGCACCAAUUUUGUUUUAAAACUAAAGAACGUUGAGCUCUGCAGUGCAAAGGACUGUAGCCGCAGCUGGGACUAGCAAGCCCCGCCCACCCCAGGGUAGGGGGCGGGGUCUAUCUAGCAAGCCCUCCCACUAGCCCCCUAGUGGGCAGGGGGGAAACAGCACUUUCAGAAUAGGCUUUCAAUGUUUUGGAGGUGCCACACUGCAACCUCUUGUUUACAAGACUUAGGAGGCGGAACGUGUGUUCAUUCUUCAUUUUAAAGAGAAGAUAGAAUAAAAUAGAAAAUACUCAAUAACAAAAAAAAAAAAAAAACAGAAAAAAAAGUUUAAAAAAAUGUAUAAAAGGAAAAACUACAAAAAAUUAAAACUCUUAUUGAGGAUGAAGACGAUGCUUUGUAACUCUGGGAAUUCGGAUCAGUGUUUUUGGCCAUGGCGUUGGUUAUUUGAACUAUUCCUCUUUGUCUGCUAAAUAACCAGCAAUGGUUCUCAGGAAAUCAAGCCAGUUUUCCCCCCCAUGUAGGUGAAUUUAAAAAAAAAAACUACUACUCCUUGUAGGAAAAGGAAAAUCCAACUUCUAGCACUGAAAACUAUGUAUAGGUCUGUAAGUUUUAUUUUCUCUGCCAAAUAACUGCUUUAAGCUGGAGAAGCUCAACACACUGCUUUCAAUAUGCUGUCUUUGAGGGAUGGGGGGGUCCUAAUGCGGGGGGGGGGGGUGGAGGACGGGCGGCAGAAAACCCAACGCUCCCUCUCUCCUCUUCUUCCUCCACUCCACUGAUGUAAGAAUCAAAAGUGGAGAGUGUUUAUUGUGCGCGUGUGACUGUCAGUGGAAAAUGUCGUGUCAGACUUCUAAACCAAGAGAAAGGCAAACCUGUAUCUAUGCAUACUGUAGCUUCUCACAUGGCCUACCGAGAGGCAUUUUUCAUUAUUAUUAUUAUUAUCAUUCUCCCCCGUGUCACAAAAUGUUUUGAAAUGUUUCAUUAAGUACAACAAAAUGCGAAAUAUAACUUCUUCUUUUUUCUUUUUUAAAUGCUCUCAUUGCCACAAAUGGUGUUAUGAAAAAGAAGAAAAAAAAGAUGAAAGAAAAAAAAACCUGUUCGCUUUGGUUGAAGAUAAUAUUUUAACAGUGCAAAAGUCGUCCACAUUUCAUUGCCUUGAUCCUAAUUGUGUCCGAAGAUGCAACAACAAGUCAAGUGGCUUCUACCUGUUUACAAAUAGUAUAUGAUUGUAUUGUACUGUUUUCUUUCUUUUGAGUGGGGGGAGGGGGGGAGGGGGUCGUACUCAUUACAAGUUCCUGACCGUGUGUGUGUGAGAACAGCGUGAAUGUAAAUCCAUCUGUGGUGUUCGUCAACAACAACAAAAAUUACAUGUGUGAAUAAUAGAUUUACCCAUCUACCAGUGAUUGUUUAGUUACUAUGAUGCACAAUUAUCGGGGAAAAACAAAAAAAAAGCUUCUGAGUGCCCGAACGAGAAGUCAGCAUUAGCGAAGCCAUGGACCUUAAUCUCUUUUCUUCAUCGUGUAAUUACUCUGUGUUAAGCCUGUGUGUGUGUGUGUGUGUUUUCCCCUUCCAAUAUAGAUUUUAAUUUCAGAAGUAAGUUGGCUGAAGUUGUUUUUAAAGUUUAGUUAUGAAUAUUUAACAACUUGAAAGCCUGCUAGUGAAACAGAACCUUGAGUAUUAGACAGCGGUGUGUGUGCCAGUAUUGAACUGCUCUGUACCAAAUAAUUCAAUCAUACAACAAAUAUUAGUUUACUUAAUUCCAGAUCUCUUUGCUUAAACUAUAUCUGUGUUUUGUUUUUAUUUUUUUUUCGUCUUGUUUAACAAAUGUGUGGAACAUCUGAACCGUGGUUGUCAUUUAUUUCUGAGUUGACUUUAAUUUUGACAAUUUGAACUGAGGAGCCUUUGGAUUUUGCACUUUGCUUUGCUCGUGUAGUUUGGAUCUUCAGGUCCGUCAGAGAGAGAUGAUGCGUCAGAGUAUAGUGACAGGGUAGUGUGCGUGCGUGCGUGCGUGCGUGCGUGUGUGUGUGUGCUGCGACUAGAGAAGAUGGUGCUUUGUUGGCCCCAGUGAGGGAGCGAGAGAAGAGUGAGGGGGGCCGUCGUCCUCCCCUCCAGGUUUACGUCUCCCUGUUCACUGGGCCGGCCGGUCAGAGCGGCGACCUUCGCCACGCCGCUCUGACCCGACCCAGAAUGUAGCUGAAAACAGUUUUUAAAAAAGGUUUAAAAAAAAUAAUGGCGGCCUGAGCCUCGAACGUGGAAAAAUGAACUCAAACCAACCACUGCUCAUCGUUUUAUGUGAUUUUUGAAUCGUUAUUGGACCGCGGUUCUGGCCGCGCCCGGUUCUCACGACGUGGAGACGCUCGCGUCUCAGCGAGCUUGACUGAAAAGAGGCGGGGCUUCUGGAUCAGCCUGUAGCGACUCAGGCACAGGGAUGUGACUUGUGAUUGGCUGUUUCUUCUGGCUUUUCAGGGACACGGGAUUUACGCUUCCCACUCCACUGGCUUAUCCAGGAUCAGCUCUCCCUCUCCAACUCCUAAGCUUAAUUACAAGGAGAGGAAACGCAAAACUGACAUGAGGCCCGGUCGCAAGUUGAACUCCGGAUAGUCCGUGUUCCCUUUACGCGCUUGAUAUUAUACACUUCAUUCAUUCUGAUUCUGCUUCUCCCGGCGCUGAUCUGGGAGCAGUUUUGUCCCUCCUCAGUAUCCUUACCUUAACAAAUUAGUGGGACACAAACUGACCCUGGAUGAGCGGCCCAGGAGGCGGCUCCGCUGUAAGAGAAGGGACGAGCACCGUCUGUAAAACGCCUCAUUUAUGUGUUACUAUUUUUGGUUUCCAGCUAAAUCUCGCUCUGUUCUGUCUGGUCCAAUCUACUGUUGGUGCGUGUGUGUGUGUGUGUGUGUGUGCGUGUGUGUGUGUGUGUGUGUGUGCAUUGGAAGAUGCAAAAACCCAGUCUCGUACAGAAACAGUGUGAAUGCUUGAACACAUUAUCAUGCCAAAUCGAGGAGGGAAGGAAAGGGAUUUUUUUUUUGGGGGGGGGGGGGGGGGGGGUUGGAGUGUGUAUGUGUGUAUUUAAAAAGCUGGACAAUGUUAAAUGCUUGAAGAAGAAAAAAAGUCAUUUGCAAAAGGAUGACGUGAGGAAAACCACCAUGCGCAACGUACAAUCCCCAGGGCUGCCGAGCAGCUUCCCGACGAGGCCAGAGGAGGGAAGGAGAGAAAGAAAGGAGGCUAGGAAGAGAGGAGGGAAGCUGGCUGGUGAUACUCUACUACUUUUUAAAUGUUUAAGAAAAAUAAUGUGACGCUGUGUUUUUGUUGGUUUUUUUCCCCUCUUGACUUAACUAUCCUGUGAGCAAACGCUAUAUUGUAUCAUGACGCGCCCAACGCUGUCGAUCAAAAGCGCCGCGGCUGUUUGUUUCUGACACAAAAACAACAACAUGCAAACUGUGAGAAUCUGCUGUCUUUUUUUUUUUUUUUUUUUUUUUUCAUUUUACAUUUUAAAUUAAUACACACAAACAAAAAACCCUGAAAAGCUUUAGUCUAACCAGCACAAAGAUGUGGGGGGGUGGAGAUAUCGGGGUGGGGGGCGGGGCAGUCUAUGCAGUGGAGUGUUGAACCCAGGCUUCCAUGUCCACCUUGGGUUUUUUGCUUUCUUUAAAAAAAAAUAAAAAAUAAAAAAAACUUACUAUCCCAAAAAUGUUUUAAAAACACAGUUUAGAUGGGAUUCCCAAUAAUAUUCCUCAAAACAUGUCGUGCCAUCGUCGAAUCGUACUACUACUACUAAUAAUAAUAAUAAUAAUAACCAAGAAGAAGAAACCUUUAUUACCUAGCAACCGUCGUCAGGCCAGUUGUAGCAGGAGAGGAGGACGGGUGGAGAUUUGCAAAGUCCAUUUCUUUACUUUCACAGCUUGUCUCCUCGACGAGCCGAGGGGACCGAGGCCGGUGAAACUGCAAAUUUUACACAACUACGAUGUUUUUUAUAGAGAUUCUAUCAAUCCAGUGUGUAGUUGGAUCACCUGUAAACCUAUUAUGCACAUUGCUUUGGGAGACUGUUGAAACUAUAUAUAUAAUAUAUAUAUAUAUGAGAAUAUAAACGUACAGUGUCUAUAAUCAACGAGAGGGACGUCUUCCUCUCUUACAAACAAAACGGGAAGUACCUUUUUAUUUUCAAACGUCUUCCUCGGGUCAUCAAAGGAUUUUAUCUCAAACUUCGGGGGAAACUGCACUUUUUUUGAAGGACAAUCUUUAUUUGUAUGGGUAUAAAAAUUGACAAAAAAAAAAACGAAGUCGCCUGAUAUUACAAGGUAUAGAAAAACCAACUCCAGUGUGCUCUAAUAAUGAAUGUCUCCUCUGAUGCUGUCUGUUUGGUUUCAUUUAAUCCUUUUUAUUCUCCCUUUUUUGUUGCUUGGUUUGUUCUGUAUUUUUUUCUCCUAUUUUUCUGGAUUUUAGUGCUCUUAAGAGAAUCUGUACUAAGGUGUAGAGUAGUAAGUAGUAGGUCUUCUGUUGGCUGUACUCGUAUACUGAUUACUGUUUGUAACCCUCUGGCUCCUGCAGCCGUCAUACAAAGCUGUAAAACUUGGGUACAACCCUCAAUAAAAGACUAACAACGAC